AUGAUCAACGACGACGCGGCAGAGCGUGCUGCUCGCCGCAAGUCCGCCCACUUUGCAGACAUCGGUCUCGGACACGCUGGAAAGGAGAAUCCUGGUGGCAUGGGGUCGCCUGCCGAUGUUCCCCAGCGCAAGGGUUCCGCCCUCGCUGUUCAGCAAGUUGCCGCGCGCCGCGCCAAGCGUCUCAGCACCGUCGGCCCCACCACGCCGCCUGUCAGCAUGGAAGUCAUGAACACCAACUUUGAAGAAUGGAUGAAGCUCGCCACUGACAAUAAAAUCACGGCGACAAACACUUGGAACUUUGCCCUCAUCGAUUACUUUCACGACCUGACCCUGUUGCGCAACGGCCCCGACGACCAGAGCAUCAACUUUCAAAAGGCGUCGUGUACGCUGGACGGAUGUGUCAAGAUCUGGACGUCGCGUGUCGACAGUGUCGCCACCGAGACUGGCAAGCUCCUCAGUGGUCUUGCUGGCGGCGGCGGUGGCGGAGACGACGGCGACGAUGUGGAUGGCGAAGACGAUGAAUCUGGCGAACCAAAGGCUGCCAGGAAGUCCCACCGUUCCGAGGCCACUCUGGCCAAGUCGUUUACGACGCUCCAGGUCAAGAAGUUUGACCUUGAAUUCACUGUCGACCCGCUCUUCAAGAAGACAAGCGCAGACUUUGACGAGGGUGGCGCCAUGGGUCUCCUCAUGAACCACCUGGGCAUUGACGGCACGGGUCGUGUUGUGUUUGACGCCGGUGAUGCUGUCAUUGAAGAGGAGUACGAAGAGGAGGAGGAGCCAGACGACGAGCUCGUCGACAUUUCGCGUCUUCGCGAGCUCAUCCCCACCGAGGAGGAGACUGCGCCCCUCGCAAUCUCCGAGACUCUGGCCACCUUCCACUUUAGCACCGAUGCCGACGACAUGCCGGACCUCGCAGCCAUUACCGGUCUGUCCUCCCUUGCGGACGAGCCCGAGCGACCAGUCCACGACGCGCCCGUGGGUGAAGCCGUCGACUUCUUCGGCGACGACGACUAUGACAUGGGCGGUCCUUCCGGCUAUGCCGGCGAUGACAUGUCCAUGGCCGACGACGGCGAGUUUGCCCAAGAUGUGUUUGGCACCGGCGCGCCCACGGCCCAGCACGGCGACUCGCAAGGCCCCUUUGACCCUCGUCGUGGCGCCGACCUUGUCAUGUCGUUUAUCGGCACAGAGGACGGCGACAACAUGUUCGACUACUUUGACUCUGGAUUCGGCAAGGCCUGGGCAGGCGCUGAACACUGGAAGCUCCGCAAGGUGUCACGCAAGGACACUGUCAUUGCGGGUACCAGGGAGAAGAAGGAGAAGAAGGCUCCGUUCACCAUCGACUUUAUGAACCCAGAAGCCGCACAGUCGUCCAAGACUCUGUUUGCGCCUGGUACCAAGGCUACAAACCAGCUGCCCUCCUCAUCUCGCUCGCGAGGCAAGAAGUCUGCCGCAGCAGCACGCCGCGAGGAGUGGCUCCUCCCCGACGACAUGCACUUUAGCAGCCAGCAGUUGCUGCGAUUGUUCCUCAAGCCCAAGUUUGCGCUCCGGAUGCGUCGUGGCGGUGGCCGCGUAGUCGAGAACGCCAAUGGCGAGAUUGACGAGAACUUUUGGGCCCAGGCCGCUGCCGACCGGGCAGAAGGCUCGGAUGCCAUGGACAUGGACAGCGGAGCGCUACCUUUCGAGUCGCAGUUCUUCCACGACGACGGCGAUGGAGACGACGACGGAUUUGUUGACGACGCGUUCGUCGACGACGCUCUCGCGCCUCUUCCCGAUGGCGAUGUCGACGACCUGUGGCAAAGCACGCAGGGCGAGGAAUUGCGCCGCCCCCGACCAGAGAACGUGCGGUACGCCAAGAAGGCCAAGCGCGUCGACGUCAAGCGCCUCAAGGACGAUAUUUGGGACGACCUCAGGGGUCUGGUGGACGAUUCAGUGUCCGACCCCGAGUCACAGGCGCCUCAGACACCCGCCGAGCCCGCCGACCCGUCAGCCCCCCUCGAACCCGUCAAGACGUUCGACCAUGUCAUCCAGUCCCUCCGCUCAAACUACCCGCGCGAGAAGAUGUCCGAAAUCUCCACUUCCUUCUGCUUCAUCUGUCUUCUUCACCUCGCCAACGAGGAGGGUCUGCGUAUCGAAACGGCACGCUCAGACGGCCUGGAGGGCAUGGAUGUGGGCAUGAAGGGUUACGCCGACCUGGACGAGGAGGACGAGGAGCGCGGCUUCCUGCCUUCCAAGCGCAUGGACGAGGGCGACCGCAUCGACCGAAUCGUCGGCGAGCUCCAGGCGCUCAAGGUCUACAAGGACCCCAACGCCGGCCGCGCGGCAUAG